ACUACCCACAGCUGUUCGCUUCAUUGGUGGCGAGGACGGCAAAAGAUAUAGAUGUUUUAAUUGAUUCACUCCCAAGUGAAGAAGCAUCACCAGAGCUACAGGCAGCAAACUUGCGACGAUUGGAACUGGAAAACCAGGACGCUGCCAGACGACUCGAAGACGUCGUGCAGCAGGGUGAAGCCCUGUUGGAACAGAUACAACAAGCCUUGCACGACAUCGCUGAAUCUCAACUCAACAUGCAGCACCUCGAAGACGUUUCCAACUGAAGGUUGCAAGAGUUGUCGUGGUUGCCCCUUGUUUUGUAUACAUACCGUGUACUAUUUAUUUUUUUAUCGCAAGUUGAUGAGCCGAAUUGAAAAAUAAAAUAAAACAAAUGCAC